AUGGGCGCCCGAGAUGAAUGUGGAACCAUUAAGUUUGUUAUCGGCUACGUGUCCGCCCGUUUGUACAAAUUCUUCGGCGGUCUCUGCUGGAAGACCAACGUGCUGGUCACCGCGCUCUUCUGUCCCGGCAUUGUCGUCUCCGUGUUCCUGGUACUGAACGUGGUGCUCUCGGCCCUGCACAGUUCCAUGGCCGUCUCCUUCACCACUAUCCUCGCCCUGCUGGCCAUGUGGUUGCUGGUUAGCAUGCCGCUCUCCAUGAUUGGCGCGUUCUUCGGCUUCCGCAAGGAUGUAAGUGCAGAGAUGGACACAUAUCUCGGCUAUGGCGCACAUUUUCUACUGUCUUCUACUUUUCAACACCGCCUACUAGCUGGCUACCCGUUAAUAGUGUAA